AUGGCCUUCACAGCCGACAACCAGCACUGGCUGCUGUCCGACAAGUAUGGCGAUGUGCUGGUGGCGCCCCUCGCCUCCAAACAAUCCGACCUCGUGCCCGAGGUCCUGCUGGGGCACUGCAGCUCCAUCCUGACCUCCAUCUCCGUCCCCCACGACGGCGCGCUCAUCGCCAGCGCCGACCGCGACCAGAAGGUGCGCGUCAGCAGGCUGCCCGCCGGCGCCGGGGUCAUGGACGGCGCGCCCCACAUCCAGUCCUUUUGCCUGGGCCACACCGACGCCGUCACCGCGGUGGCCUUCAUCACACACGAGGGCUCCACUCUACUCGUCAGCGGGAGCGCAGAUGGGACACUGAAGCUCUGGGACCCGAGCCUCGGCGACCUGCUCGACUCCCUGGACCUGCCCGCCGCGGGGGUCGCGGGGGCAGGGACCACGCCCGGCACAGACGACGCCGGCGCGGCGACGGAAUUGGGAGCAGGAGCGGCCUCGGCGGGGGCCCCCACCGACGCAGUCCUGGGCCUGGUGCCCCUCCCUGGGACAAACCAGGUCGCCGUGCUGGUGGACGCCCGGCACGCCGUCCUGCUGGCCAGCGUGGACUUUGGAGCGCACGCGCUGAGCUGGCGCGGCGCUGCGCUGGACCUGGCGCCGCUGCAGCCCACCGACGCGGCCGUGGACGGCGCGGGGCGGCUGUGGCUCGCUGCGGGGCCCUCGGGCGGCGCGGGCACCGGUGCUGCCCUGGCGCUGGCCGAGUCGGGUGGCCGGGGAUUGGAGCGUGUCGGCCUGGUGGGCGUGGAGGGCCUGGGCGCGGCUGCCUGGUCAGAGAUGCAGGGGGAUGUGGGCGGCGGCCCGGGGAAGCCCCGCCGCCUGCUGGCCCACCUGGCCAAGGUGCCGCCGUCGGAGGAGGACGUGAACUUCCGGAAGAGGCAGCGCCGGGACCUGCGGGGGGGUUGA